ACACACUUCACACAACUCCAAGCGACGCCCGUUCGUGUCCUCUCCCGUUCGCCCCGUCCUCCCCGGUUGUCCAGUAUCCCUCAAAUAACCAACCCGUGACCACAAUGUUUCCCGUGUUUCGAGUCUCCUACCACCAGUUCUCUCUGCUCGUACUCGCCUUUACUCCAUUCAACUUUCAACCUUACGCGUGAGCCGUCGUCUGCCUUUAUAGCAACACGCCUAUUGUAAUACUCUUUCUUCGUCCUCGGUUCACCAAAGAUACCCAAUACUCCAUUCACAAUGUCUCCCGCAGCAGUAAGCGACAUGGAACUCCCCACAGAGCCCGUCCACCCCCUUCCCGAAGCAAAGGACCCCCUCACCUCCUCCGUCGCAACACCUCAACUCUUCUCCCUCGCCAACAAGACCAUCGUCAUCACCGGCGGCGGCCGCGGCCUGGGCAUCACCUUUGCCCUUGCCAUCCUCGAAGCCGGAGGCAACGCCGCCUGUCUCGACAUCCUCCCGGAGCCCUCACCCAUCGAGUGGGCGCACCUCACCAAGCUCGCCACCUCCAAGAACCUCUCCAUCACCUACCACAAGUGCGAUAUCACCGACGAGGAGGCCACGGAAAAGGUUUUUGAGGAGAUCGCCGAUGCCGCCGACAGCCGCGGUGCUCCCUUCUGGGGCGCCGUCGCCUGCGCUGGCAUCCAGCAGAAGAUUCCCGCUCUCGAGUACCCCGUCGCCGACUUUGAGCGGAUACAAAAGGUCAACGUCGUCGGUGUCUUUGUAACGGCUAAGCAUGCCGCCCGCGUGUUGGUGAAGCGCAAGAGCAAGGGUAGCAUUUUGCUCAUUUCGAGCAUGUCUGGAGAAAUUGCCAACAGAGGAUUGACAUGCAGUGCCUACAACACCAGCAAGGCCGCUGUCCAGCAGAUGUGCAGGUCUGUCGCCCAGGAAUGGGGUCAAUAUGGUAUCCGCGUGAACACUCUGUCGCCUGGUUACAUCCGAACCGCAAUGACCGAUCAACUCCUGCAGGCCGAGCCUGAAGUCGAAACCACUUGGAUGAGAGGCGCUCUCCUCCAGCGCUUGGGCACACCCGAAGACUUCAAGGCCCCGGCCGUCUUCCUCCUGUCUGAAGGCAGCUCUUUCAUGACCGGUGCAGACCUCCGUGUUGACGGUGGACACUGCGCCUCCGCUUAAUCAUUUUCUUACCUUGUGGAAAGCAUCGAUAGUUGUAUCUCGGAUAAAACGGCGUUGGUCUCACGAUAUCAGAUGGGGUUACGAAACUGUCACACUAGAAGCCCUCAUUGCAGCGCGCGAAGAAUAUUCACGCAGCCGAGAGGCAACGCAUACUUAGAAGUGUAGAAUCAGUACGAAUAGAGCGAGCAUUAAUAGCG